CACACCCACACACUCUCUCCACAUUGUUGGCACCGGAAGAUCGUUUGCAUGACCACAAACAAUAAAAUCCCUGGUUAAAUGCAGGAGGUGCCUAGACAACACUAUCAAUAUUGACUAUUUUCAGAGAGGAGCAAAGCAGCAAACAGAUGGUCUCUCCUGUUAAAAGCGUAUCGUUUGACCCAUGGCAAACUUCACAACUACAGAAGAUGACUGCUGCGCCUUUGAGUCUCCCAUCCUGGACCAUGUCCUGCCUCCCAUCCUGGUGCUGGAGUUCAUGUUUGGGCUGAUGGGGAAUGUUGUGGCUCUGUGGAUGUUUAUUUUCCACAUGGACACCUGGAAGCCCAACUCUGUCUACCUCACACAGCUGGCCGUUGCCGACUCCAUCGUCCUGUUCUGUCUUCCAUUCAGAGCCGACUACUACCGACGCGGCAAGCACUGGAUCCAUGGUGAUGCCAUGUGCCGGAAUAUGCUGUUCAUGUUGACGGCCAACCGCGGCGCUGGCAUCCUCUUCCUCACUGCAGUGGCUGUCGACCGUUACCUCAAGAUCGUUCACCCCAUGAACAAGAUCAACCGGAUGGGCCUGAAUUAUGCUCUGUGGGUGUCUCUGGGCCUGUGGGGGAUGAUCAUCGCUGCAACCGGGUACCUGCUGACCAACAAUCACUUAUUCUACCACAACAACCAGACACAGUGUGAGAGCUUCAACAUCUGCAUGGGCUUCAGCCCGCUGUCUACGUGGCACAACACCUUAUACGUGACCCAGUUCUUCUUGCCCACUGCCAUUGUCACCUUCUGCACGGUCUGCAUCACCUGGCAGCUGAAGAACAAGACGAUCGACACCGGGGGGAAGAUCAAACGUGCGGUGCAGUUUGUCAUGGCCGUGGCACUCAUCUUCAUAAUUUGCUUCUUCCCCAGUACAGUGUCUCGGAUCGCUGUGUGGAUCCUCAAGGCCUGGUACAACGAGUGCCAUUAUUUCAAAGAGGCCAGUUUGGCGUUCUACACCUCUGUGUGUUUCACCUACUUCAACAGCGUGCUGAACCCCAUCGUGUACUACUUCUCCAGCUCUGCCUUCAGUGGGAACUUCCAGAAGCUGUUCAACAGACUGCUGGGGAGGAAAGAGGAGGAGGUACCGCCAGCCUCGCCUGAGACUGGGACCGAGAUCAGCAGCGCAAAUACAGUGUCAGGGAGGAGUAGUAACUUCCAAUCACUGGUCCAGGGUGAGGGCCUGUACUCGCAAAGCGUCUCAGACUUAUUCAUUGUGAUUUAA